UGCUGUCACACACUCCUACAACAAACCGCAACCGUCCAAAAAAGGUCUGAUAUGAAGUGCUGCAACGAAAACCAUGUUAAUCCGGAAACAAGGUUGAUCUAAGGUUGUGUAAGGUAGAAUGGCUAGUGUUGACGUUGUCCUGUCAUGUGGGACUCAGGACAAAAAACUGAAAAUUCCCAAAGCAUGUACAUUCAAGAGCUUCAGAAAGAAAGUCCAAGAUGAGUUCCCACAUCUGCCUAAGACAUUUAGCAUAGCUGAUAGCGACUUUACUGAAGUUACAUCUGACAGCUUCAGAGAGAUUCUUGAUGGCCGGGUAGAAACGUGGUUUUUGGUCCGUGCAAACAGGACAGAAGAGUUCACUUUGAAGAAGCCACGUUACGAACUGUUACGAUAUGACGUCCAUCCUAAUGCCCUGACGCAAAGUGGCAAUUACCACUUUGUCUCCAGUUACCAGGCCUUCUGUGAGUUCAUCGACAACAGCAUACAGGCCACCAACAACAACCACGAGAGAGACCUUGAGAGGAAUAUAAAGUUGCAGAUCCAUUCGAAAGAUAGGGUUGCCGUAGUUUUCGACAAUGGCCAGGGGAUGUUUUACGAGGGCCUCAAGGCCUUCGCUACGUAUUUCCUGUCGCAGGCCGACAGGGGCCUAGAGCCUGACCAGGUGGACCAGACCCCUGCAUUCCUAGACGGAAUGAUCUCCAAGUUUGGAGUGGGAGCCACGCAGGCAGGGUUCUACCUCGGUGACCGUAUCAAGGUGGUAACUAAAAGGGUAGAGUGUCCAUAUGUAACGGAGAUCACGAUAUCAAAGGAGAAGCUCCACCAGCGAGCAGAUGAGGGUAAACCUGUGUUCGAGGACUACAGAUGCAUCCGAAACACGGGCGAUACGUCUACCCUAGAGUUGGACGAGGAGCAGAGAUGCCUUAAGGAGCUGGUUGAGUCAGAGAAGAAGUUCAGUCAGUUCACUUACGUGGUGAUCACCGGUAUUAAAGACUCUCACAUGGAAUAUAUGAAAGCUGAUGGUGGCCGACACCUUACUCGCAGCUUGGCGCAUGUGUAUCACUUCUACUUGUGGGGCGAGACUGGCUGUAGUGGUAACAUGAGGUUGCCUUCAUCCUCCAGGCUAAUGGUGGACGUGGGUGACACAUGUUUCAGGAAGGUCGACAUCGAAGUGCUCUUUGGAGAUGGGCGCAACACACGCUCCGUUGCAUUGCGUGACAUCACAGAUGAUUUAGAGUCACGCUACCAAAAUAACGCAAAGGAGUGGUUUCCUUUCAAGCUGACGCUUAAAGUUCCUGGUCUUGAAAUGCCGCAAAUAGUGCAGGGUGUGGUGAUGUACUACCCACACGAGUCGGGCCAGGAGACGAACCCUCGAGAGCUGGACGAGGACGGAGAGUCGGAGCCCAUAUUCGAGUGUUUCUGGCAGGGACGACUGGCGCCUUUAUCUUACGUGCAUAGGCUAGAAUUCUGCUCACCGCCCAUGCAACGGACCAAGAAGCAACGUGAUGUCUUACCAGACAUGUGCUAUCGCCGCCUAAAGGGCAUCUUAUUCUUCAACCGUCACACGCCCAUUUCCAACAACAAGCUGAAGAUAUUACUUGAUGAGCGCAAGGACCUAUCCAGCGCGCUAGAAGACGCGACGGCUGAUCGCCGCCUCCCAAAAGAGUUCAACGCCUGGCUAGAAAGCUGCCAUAAGCACUUAGAUAAAGAGGUGGUUUUUGAGGGCCUUGUGCCAGGGCAGCCAGGAAGUGACGUCGAUGGCGAAACCUACUACAAAACGAUCCGUUUGACCACAUGUGACGCUGAAGGAAACAGCAGAGAGCAGCGCUACACUCAAGGAGACAUAGUCAAGCUGAAUACCAAGCCUCUCAUCUAUGGGCGCGUCCUCUACUUUACACAGGCAGCCCGCAAACAUGACUAUGACAAGGUGGUGGUUAUCAGGCAGCCGGAGGAGGUUUACCAUGACCAGCAAGAGGAAAAACCCAUUUCUCGCAUUGUUGACAUUCCAGAUUCAAACACACUAAAAAAGGUCUUCAGCUCCGAGAAACAGAUGCUUCCUAAAUCUGUGCGUGUGUGUAAGGAUACACAAGGUAACGAUGUGCUGAGUAAGAUGACAUGGAUUGCCGGAGAGAAUCAUCGGGAUUACGCUGGCACAUGGGUUAAGGUGUUCAGUGGGGAGCGGCCACCGCGGCCCAUUGUGGCUGUGCACAACAAAAAGAUCAGCAUAAAACAGAUCGUGGAGGGACCAGAGAUCCACGCACCUAUUCAAAAUGACGUGGCAAUCGAGGGGGAAAGGUUUGGUUUCAAGCCGUUCUGGCUUGGAAAGGCUGGGCACUACGUGUUACGUUACGUCGCGGUGAUGAAUGAACAAGAGCUGUGCUCUGCUAAGGUCGAUAUCGAGGUCCAAGCGAACGUCGCGACGUUUGUGCGGUUGGACGAACCAGGGGAGAGAGAGACGCCGGUGAUCGCGCUAGGGGAGCCUGAACUUAUGUUUAAAUUGCACUUUCGCGAUGAGUGGGAUAACCCCACGGCUCGCUUCGUGUCGGGUGACAAUGUAAAGCUAGAGAUUUCAACGAGUAACCUAUCUAUCAAGGGAACGAAGGACUGUUACAAGCCCAAUCGUAAUGGUGACCUGGAGGUGAAAGGCUUGAUCCUGGAGCCCAAGAAAGGCACCAAGGGACCCGUCAACCGCGAGCAUGCAAUACGAGUCAAUGCGAUUGAUGUGGGUGACGUCAUCUUCCAAGUUCGCCUUAAGGAGGGGUCUCCGCAGUCGCUGAAACUACCCGAAUUCGACACGCUGGAAGUGAAAAAUUUGGAAGAAUUCCCGGAAUUCACUGUACAGCUGCUGGACAGCUGGGGACAAAAUUGCGGGCUCGUGGAGAAAAAACACAGGCUUCGCGCAGACUCAGAAGCGUUUGCGCCAGGACUUCACAUCUGCGGGGUGGACCAGGGCUUUGGGACAUUUCAGCCAAUCAAAAUUCUGGUCUCCAGUGGUAGGGCGCCUUGCUCAGUGAAAGUUAAGAUCUCAUUGGUUACCGUGGAGACAGUGCGGAGGAAACAGGUGAUUGGUGAGGUUCUCAAAGAGCUGAGCCAGUUCACUGUCAAAGUACUUCCCAGCGGUCUUCCGCAUCGAAUCAAGAUUUUACAUGGAGACGAGGCCAAAAAGGGUAUGCGUAACGGCACAGCCAAUGGUAGAAAUGGGUUACGGGAUCACUCGGGGGAUACGGGACGUGAGUGCCUUGAGUUAUCUGCGCCCGCUGGCUCCAUGCUGACAGGACUGCGGUUAUGUGCGUUUGACGAGAGUGGACGGCAGUUAAGUGAAGAGGAACUGAGGGAGACUGGGCCCCAGGUUUCUACAAGCUGGAGUGGAGAGGUCCCGGUGAAAAAUCUUCCGGAUCUUCCCAGCUGCCCCGUAGCCCAACUCGUGCAAAGCACAUUUGUGGGUAACGUCACGUGUUUAUGCCGUGACGUCACGUGUCAAUCCCAAAUAAGGAUUCAUCCUGUUGAAGGUGAAGCUUGCAAAUGGUCAAUUCAUGCGGACACCAACACGGUAGAGAUUGAGUGCGGUGCCAAAAAGGAGCUGGCCACCAGUAGUCUGCGCGUGCGCACUCUCGACAAAUACAACAACCCGACAGAGUGCCCACGUGACCUAACACCUAUAGUCUCCUUGCACAGCUCCAGGCAGAGCGAGUCUUCAUCUGUUGAAUUCAGUGGCGAGUUGUCUUAUAAAUCGUCCACAAAAGAGUUUAUUUUCUCUAACGAUGCGGUGCUGACUGGGAAACCAGGAUAUGUUACAAUGACCGUGUGCGACAAGGACAGUACUCUAACCAAGGACUCCAUCAGAAUCAACUUGAAACCAGGUCCUCCUCAUCAUAUAGAACUUUGGAGCCAAGCAUUUGAGUCAGAGGAACAGCAACAAGAGCAAGCGCUAAGAGUAUUCUCGGGGUGUACCGUCCAGAGUCAAAUACAUGCGUAUGUAUGCGACCAAGCCGGGAACAAGACGCCACUUAAAACCUCUCUAAGUCUGUCAUGGCAGCCCGGGUCCGCCGGACAGACGGUCACCAAGAAGACACGUGAUUCUGGGGAGGCCAUCUUCGUGUCUAAUGCACUCCGGUGUUCUGGCAAGCCAGACCACGAGGUGAAGAUAAAAAUCCACAGCUCUGAUCAUCGCCAACUGCAGGCCGCAUUCGUGCGGGUCAAUGUAGAGAAGAGUAACCGGGUAACUGCAGUAUUAGUAUCAGUCGAGGACGAUGGUUGUAUCGCAGGAAAUAACUACCCCACACUUAAGAUCACAUGCCAAACGGAGGACAAUGUCCCAGUGGACGCGCGGGACCAUUUAUCCCUCGAAGUACGCAAGCCAGAUGGGAACGUUAUAAACGGGUCAACAGUGUACCGGAAGCCCACGCAGAACAAUGAAGGCGUGGUCAGCUUCCUUCCCCAUGGGGGGAGGUAUGUGGAGCAGGCGGGGCAAUGGAGUGUCUGUUGCCUGUUCACCGAGUAUCGAAGCCGCUUGGAGGCCAUGCUACCCUCCUCGGAGCAUCUUGUUCGUAGUGCAGAGGUCAAAUUUAAAGUUUUCCCAGGUCCAGCCAAAGAAUUAUCCGUUAGUCUCCCUUCUGAAGAGAGCGCCUUGCUUUCCGCCUCCAGUACUGCGGAUCUUCGCGGUCGCACCAUUCUACCGCGGCCGGGACGCGGUGAAACUGUAGAGCUCCUAAUACUCGACACAUUUGGAAACACUGCCGAUGCUUCUACCAUGGUUGACGUCACGAUAGCCUGGCCAUCCGGCCCCACCCCUCCUGAUGUGCUUUUACCAGCCCUCGAGACCUCUCCCCUCAGGAUACGAAUAGACAAUGGCAAGGCACGCCUACCUCGCCUGAGUCUCAAACCACGUGUGGGAAACUACAUCGGUGACUAUCACCUGGUAUUCACCGCCCAAGGGCUUUCGAGCUGUGUGCUCAAAUUCUCCUUUAGCACGGAUGAACACAUUCAGCGCAUCCAGACGGAGAUGGCGCCUCUCAAGCAGACCCUGAGGGAGUGCGAGACGACGCUACGAGAAGCGAGGGACAAAUGUAAUGCGAGAAGAGGAGCUGUACGCAGCAAACUCGAGCCAGUCAGGGCAUUAUUCCGUGGGGAGCCAAGCACACAGGACGUCAGCAAGCAACUUCAGUCCGUUAUGGGACAGCUUGCACAGAUGGCGGUAGCACAGAAUAGUGUCAGGCUUCCUAGUAUACCACACGGGCAUCCUCCGACGAGGAUACGGCAGUACAUUAAAGGUAUCGUCGCCGAGCUGGCCUAUGUGUCGGACCCCGACUUGUCCCGUUUAUUGUCCUGGUACCUCCAGCAUAAGAUGGGCGUGGCACUCACCAGUACCAUUCAGCAGCAGCGCAAGGUGUACGACGCCAAUUGCGCCGCCUACUGCGAGGACACGCUACUACCUUUCAACAAGAAGAACUUCGACGGAUCAGAUGGCCGGGUUCUUCCACUAGAAUUCCCUCAGCCGCCUGCAAACUUCUCCAGCUCUAUCCAAUUCGCCAUCAACUUGCUCGAGUUCUCCUCGUCCAAUGGCUACCUUCGCAGCACGCUUUUCUGGUCUUUGCUGAGCAAGACCAUGGUCAUCGAUGACUUGCGCUCAGGACAGGUUUACCGGGAACAUUUAGUGCGCAUGCGCUUUCCAUGCCCAACCAUACUGACACGUGAUGGGCACGUGAUUGCGUCUGAUGGUCUCAUGGAUCCUAAGAAACGCUGCCCGCAGAGACUGGACAAUCUGAAGUUCACUUUUGGGGCGUUACCCCCAGCAGAGCAGCCUCAUUUCAGGGAGCUCAACGAGACGCAGAGGUACCUACAAGACCUGAGCGAGGCGCUGCAAGAAUUCGACAACGACGUAGAGGUGGUCAAACAGGCAGAGGAUCGACAGAAAAGGACGCGUGCGUCUCUCACUCCGCAAAUUACUGCGCUAGAAAAACAGCUAUCCAAGCUACGCUCCCCGCCUACUAAUACAAACGAACCGCCAGAAAAACGCAAAAGAAAAUAGCUGCGCGUGCCUUUCAUUAAUAUAUUCAGACGAAACGCCAUCAAACCGCAAAAGAAAAUGGCUACGCGCGCAUGCCAUUAAUAUGUACAGGCGAAACGCCAAAAAUCGCAAAAAAGCUACGCGCAUCCCAUUAAUAUUUACAGACAAAACGCCAUAAAAUCGCAAAAAAGCUACGCGCAUCCCAUUAAUAUUUACAGACAAAACGCCAUAAAAUCGCAAAAAAGCUACGCGCAUCCCAUUAAUAUUUACAGACAAAACGCCAUAAAACCGCAAAAGAAAAUAGCCACACGCAUUCCAUUAAUAUAUAUACACCAAACGCCAUAAAACCGCAAAGAAAAUAGCUACGCGCACAGUCAUACUCAUACAGAUAAAUCGAAAAAAAAACGCAAAAGGAAAUAGCCAAGUGCGUCACCCGGUAAUAGAGAGGAAAGCUAGAAAAAAAAAACGCAAAAGGAAUUAGCUACGCGCGCCACUUUCUAAUACAGACGAACGGCCAAAAAAAAAGAUAUGUUUUAAAUGUCGCGAUAUCAAACAUAGUAUCUGAAAAGAUAACGCAAAAGAAAACGUAGCAGAGAAACUUUACGGAACUAUAUCCUAGCUAUUUUAGCUAGGCACUCCUACCACUAUAAUACAAACAAAUCAACGUACUUCUUCCGCUAAAGUGCAUUUCAAAUGACAUGUGUCCUUGGUAAAAUGAAAGAAACCAAAAAAUGUGGUUAUCGCAUGCGAGUGCAAAUUGUUCCCCUUUAGAAUUUCACAUACCACACCAACAUCUUACAUUCCAAUUGUAUUUAAUAUUUUCUAAUAAGAUGUAAUAACUUCCCAUCAGUUAAAAAGUAUUACUUCCGAUGGGAUGGGAGGCGCAAAGUGACUCGUGUUUUGUUUGUGUAAAUUAGCGAACUUUAGAUUCUCGACGGCGGAGACGCCGUUCAUUGGCUUAUUUGUGAUUAAAUAGUCCAAUCAAUCUACGCAAAUCUAUAGUCUUACCAAAAAGUAAUUGCAACACAAACAAUUUUACUGUUAAAUGGUAAGAAAAAACAUUUUAACAACAUCCCAAAAGUUCUCCAAAGUUCUCGUGGGGGACAUCUCGAAAUUUGACAAUAAACAACUUCUUUUGUUUCUUUACUUCUAUUGUUAUUGUUAUUCGUGGAGUGCAAACGCACUCCCGAAGGGAUCGCUCUGCCAGUGUACUCAUGAAUAACAAUCGAAUCUAGAUGGCCGAUAAAAGAAACUGUUUAUUGUAAAAUUUCGAGAUGUUCCCCCACGAAAUACUACUCUGUCAUUUAAGAGCGAAAUUACUUGUGUUGCAAUUACUUUUUGGUAAAACACUAGAUUGACUGGACUAUAAAAUUGUUCGUGUAGACGGCCCUUAAGAGUCAACUAACAUAUUCCUUGAAUUAGAGUUUAUAAUGAUCAAUUUGAGUACCUUGUUGACAUUGCAACCAUUAUUCCUACCGAUGAAGGUGUUUGUAUAAUUUGAAAUCUUGCUUGUUGACUUUGCAACCAUUAUUUCUACGAUGAAGGUGUUUGUGUUUUUAUUAUUCCUACCUAUGAAGGAGUUUGUAUUAUUUGAAAUCUUAUUAAAUUAACUUGAUCUUACGCCCAUUCUUUAUGAAAAAUGCAAUAAAAAGUGAUACCGUUUCGAA